AUGGCGACUACACAAGUCAAAGAAGGAGAAUAUACGACUACAAUUUACGGAAUGGUAAGCUUUUUAGUGUGAUCUUACCGUGUUUAGAUCUGAUUCGGGGGUUUGAUAUUUUGUUGACAUCGGUUGCUCGGGAACAACGCAAAAUUUGUGAGUGUUAAAAUUGGGUUCCCAGCUGCUUAACUUAAAGUGUUUUUUUCAGAUCAUAUCUUCUAAUGACUUUCAAACGUCCAUUACUUAGUUAAUGUAGGUUUUUAUCCAGUCAUAAUGCUGUAUUUUGGCUCUCAGAGCCUGUGUCUUAGUGUAUGACCGUAGUUGUGGUUUGACAUACAGUUAUCCCUCCCCUUUUAACCGACGGGAGAAUGCUACAUUGGGACAUCUCAUUUUAAAUCUGCAUUUCCCACAUGGAAGGUAUUUCAUUUUUUGUAAGGUAUGACUGGUAUAGAUGGACCCUGUUGGCUCAAAAUGUAGGGAGUUUGAAUUGCCAUGCAUUGCCUUGAGGUAUAUGUAGUGCCAUCUUCUUACUAAAUUUUGAGUUCUCCUUAUUGCUGGUUUGGACGUGACGUCACAGCAGCCAUGUUGGUGGUGUGUUGGUGGUCAGAAAAAUGCAUUUCUCUCCUCUGGGAACUAAACCCUAUUUUCUGUAAAUUGUUCAAGAAAAAAUUCUACCGUAUUGACCACCAACACCACCAACAUGGCUGCCUUGUCACGUGGUUGCAAGCCAAGAAUCUGGGUGCUGUCAAAAUCUUUCAUUAAUCCAUAUGUUAGAGAUGAAUGAAUCUGCCUUGGGAAAAAUGGACUCUCUAGAUCCUGACUUCCAGGAGGCAGAAGCUCACAAAAAAAAGGGCUUGUGAGAAUCCUGCCUUCUAAGUGAGGAGAGAAGAUUGGUUGUCGGUAAACAAUGUAUUGCCUUUAUUUGUUAAUUUCUCAGUAGGACUCUGAAAUCUUGUUUUCCUGUAUUUUGUAACCUCUUGUACACUAGACAGCAAAAUAAUUCCAACCCUAGUGCAUAUUUAAUUCCUAUUCUAGAUAGGAUAAAUGUUUUUGUAAAGCUAUUCCUCACACUAUUUUGCUCCACUAUAUUGUAGAUAAAGAAUCAAAAGUUUCAUGAAGCAAUCCAAAUCCUCUCCCAGGAGCUGGAGAAUCACCCUAAGGCAAGUUAACACAAUAUAAAGUGAUGGAUGGUAAUGUGGCCAAGUAUUGGACUUUAACUUUAUUUGAAUCAUAACUUAUAGAAGUGUCAACAGAAAAGUACAGUUUAAAUAGCAUUAUGUGGGUCAGCACAGUUUGCAAAAAGUAAGGAAGAAGACUUCUCUGUUACCUACUUGAUGCAUUUUACAUUGAACAACUGAAAGUUUUAACUCAAGUACUUUAUAGUAGCUGAGAUUGUUUAUAGUUCCUCCUUUGCAAAGAAAUGAUAGAACUGUAUGAACCUUGUUCCCAGGGUUCUCCCCUACCCAUCCGUGCAGAACGAGAGUGAGAGAUGGAUGGCUAGGAGAGAACCCUGGGAACAAGAAAUGACCAAAAUAAAACUGAUUUUCAAUGACCUUUUUUUCUCUCAGUCAAGAGCAGCACUGUCCUUGUUAGGCUACUGUUACUUUCAAGUUCAAAGCUUUGAUGCAGCUGCUGACUGGUAAGUGUACAUGACUGUUGUAGGCAUAAUAACUUCAAAGUUUAAACUAGUAUUCAGCGUAUUAGGGUUUGCUAGGGCUCUAAUCUUGGUAUCUUGGUGGGGGAGGACAAGGGGAUGGAGCCUAGGAGAAGAGGGAGUGGGAAGGAUACAGGAGGUGGAAGAAGAAAGCCUCCCCCCCCCACUUUCCCCCCAUUGUAAGUUGAAGACUGGUUUAAACUGAGAAAUACCUACAACAUACACACUGCAUAGCCCACCGGCAGUUCCACUAAGCAUUUUUAGUUGGUCUUAUGCAUCUUACUGGGGCUCUAAUAUAAUAACAAUAAACUCAGGACUUUAGCCAGGAAUUCUCUAACUCUAUAUGUAGUUGUGGGCGCAAGUCUUCCCUCAUGAAAAAUUGAACUCUCUCGGGUGAAAGAUUUCUUACUAACUGUACCCCAAAAUCCCAAAUCUUUAUCAGCUCUUAAGGUAGCCGUUCUAAAACCAAGAUCUAACUUAAUUUACCUCAUUUCUCCAAAAAAUUGGCUUUUGACUGUCUGGCCAAAACCUAGCUUAAUAUAUAUGCAUGUUGAAGGUCAAAAUUAAAUUCAUGUUAAAAUUUUUCAACCUUCGUUUAUCCUCAAUUUUCUAUGUCUGUCUUUUUAUUAUCUCACAAUUAUAGUUAUGGCCAGCUCACACAGAUUCAUCCUGAAGUAGAUGAGUACAAGUUAGCUUAUGCUCAGGUUUGUGAGACAAGGAAGGUUUUUAUGGUAAAUCUUUUUUGGCUCAUGAUUGUAAGGUUUUUAUACACCUGCACAGAUACACCCAUACACACACACAAAACUUUUGUGGUUAUUGAAUGGUUGAGAAAGAUAAGUCAGUGCACUUAAAUAAAAAUAUUUAGCUCGGUUUUGAGUUGUAAAAUGAUUUAAUUCCUGGAUAUCAGAUAUUACAGUCAAGUUCUGAAAGAUCUUGCCUGUGCAAGUUCUUGAGGGAUCUUUUUUUAUUAAUUUACAACUUGUCUAAAAGUUAUUUGGAUGUCAGUGUUUUUAUUGUAAACCAUGCUUGCCUUGGACUGUACUGGCAUACUAUCAGACCUGGUCUUUUUUGUGUGGACUUAAGAGCAUUUUUCAAGUCACCAAGAGGUGUUAUUUUCCUAUAAAACUAUACUACUUGCCUUGUUAAGAAGUUCCACUUUAAGGCAAAAGUCCUUUUACUACAGUACUGUUGUAAUGCAAUGUCAUUUUAUUUUCUUUACAGUCCUUGUAUAAAGCCUUCAUGUAUCCAGAAGCCAUGAAAGCAACAUUUCAGAUUGAAAAUCCUACCUACCAUUCCAAGGUGAGGCCUGCACUAUACCUUAGAAGUAUUAUCUCAUUUCUACUUGUCUGUUGUGUGAUUGUAAUUCAUUGUGUUGUGUAAUUCCAGAAAACAACCCUUCUCUCCCACAGAAGGGAUGGGAAAUUCCAAGAGGGAGGUCUCAAAGAGAGAGAGAGAGAGAANUAUUUUCCUAUAAAACUAUACUACUUGCCUUGUUAAGAAGUUCCACUUUAAGGCAAAAGUCCUUUUACUACAGUACUGUUGUAAUGCAAUGUCAUUUUAUUUUCUUUACAGUCCUUGUAUAAAGCCUUCAUGUAUCCAGAAGCCAUGAAAGCAACAUUUCAGAUUGAAAAUCCUACCUACCAUUCCAAGGUGAGGCCUGCACUAUACCUUAGAAGUAUUAUCUCAUUUCUACUUGUCUGUUGUGUGAUUGUAAUUCAUUGUGUUGUGUAAUUCCAGAAAACAACCCUUCUCUCCCACAGAAGGGAUGGGAAAUUCCAAGAGGGAGGUCUCAAAGAGAGAGAGAGAGAGAAAGAGAAAAAAAAAUGUAUGAAGGAAAAUUGGAAUUUCCACAGGGGAGGUGGGGUCAUAGAGCAAACCCCUUAUACGGGCGGAGCUACACACUUUAUCUUGGUUUAGAGGUAGAGGACCCACAAGCAAGAGGAGGUACUUACUGACUUUCAAGUUUUUUAAGGACACUUCCUGGAGUUCUUGGAACUUCUAUUUUGUUCAGUUAGGUUACGUUUUAGAUUAACUUGUCUCGAAUAUUUCAUAAACGUUACAAUGGUUUUAUGGCUUCUUUACUCACCAGGUGCUGAAACUUCAAGCUGCUAUAAAAUAUGGAGAGGAAGAUUUACAAGGAGCUAAGGUGAGUGUUUCUAUGACUAAUACAUGUACAUACUUUGUUUUUUGUCAUUUAGGUGGUCCCUUACCUCACAAGAUUUCACAGCCAGGGUUUAAUUUAUAGAAUUAACAAAGUUCAGAUGUACAUGUACAAUGUACACUCUGAUUGGUUGAAAAAGUGCGCUUUAUGAGAGUAUAAAAAUUAAUAUGCUGAUGACACUCUUGUGCGCUUUGAAAAUAAAGGUUGUUUUGAAAAUUAGAAAGUAAUACGUGGGGAAUUUAACAGAUUCUUUUCACUUCAAAUUUAAUUUCAGGUUAAUUUUGAUUUAACUUAGGUUUAUUUUCAAUAAUUUCCUUUGUCUCCUUGGGCGAGGAGACAUUUUAGGAAAUUGAGAAUCAUCCUAGGUUAAAUCAAAAUAACCUGAAAUAAAAUUUGACCUGAGACAUAUAUAUGGUUUCUUGUUGUUACUUGUCAUUAUACAAAAAAAGAAGGAAUGUAAAUUUAUUUCUAGCAUUAAAAGCCUUUUGCAUAAAUAGCUGUCUCUUCCACAAGCAAAAUGGACUAAGAAUUUAGCACAAAAGAAGUUCAUAGACAUAUUAAACUAUAAUGACAGUGCAUCAUUACAGUGACAGUAUGAUUAUUCUCUGUGUUACAAAUUUAGAGUAUGGUAGAACAAUGUCCUGCUGAUGAUGCAGACACAGAAAUCAAUCUUGGCUGUCUUCUAUACAAGGUAAGAAAUAACAUAAUUAUCAGCUGAGAAAAAUAUGUGUGAUAAUUAGUGAAAUCUAGACACUGUUGCCACAAACUGUAAUAGUGAGUCUUAUCCUGGAGCAUGUCCCCCCAUAGAUGUUAUAUAUAUGAGCCACCUCUUAGACUUAAAAAAUACUUUUUAUUGCAAAUAACAAUAUAUUACAGGUGGGUAGCUCAAAAUAAUCUUGUUUUCAUCAUGCAGAAUUUGUUUUUUGUCCCCCCAGGUAAUGCACCAACCAUUUUAUGUUCAAUUUAUAUAAGAAAAAAGAAUCACCCAGGGCUAUGCCCUAGCAGAGCCUGAUGUCCCCUGAUGCCCAACUUUUGCUCUUGGGCAACUAGAAAAUCCAACUUUUUCAUUCAAAUCAUAUGCUGGGCACCCUAGAUUUUACAGGUUCAGAGCACUGGGCUCCCUUCAAGUUUCCUUAAAGUGCCCCUUGUGUCUUUCACAUUUUUCCAACCAGUUCUCCUAAAUUGUGUCUAUACAAUGAUGGCUGAUGGAUCUAUUUGUUUUUGAUCUUUCAUUGUGUUCUCUCGCUGUUGUAUGGUUGUCAGUUACAUCUACAGGUGUACAGUAUGUGUAGCAGGUCUUAAAGAAUGAAUACUGUUUACAAUAGUGAUAAAAAAAUCACAUCAAAAUUUGUUUUUAAUAGGAGGGUAGAUAUGCUGAGGCUUGUCAAAAAUUCCAGACGGCUAUGAACAUUCUUGGAUAUCAACCAGGUAACUAUGUUUUAAAAUUUGUCAGAGAGAAUAGUAACUGUGCAGCCUGUAGAUGUGGCUUUUGAGAUUUAUUACCAAGACUGACUUAUCCUCCCAUUAUCUAGUUUCCAUUUACAGUGAAACUUCUAUUCAGGAGACACCCUCCAGACUGAGGCAAGUUUCCCAUGAAUAGAAGUGUCCCCUGAAUGGAGGUUGGGCUGGGGUUUGUUAAUAAUCAACCAACAAAGACAACAUAAAAAAUAAUCUUCAGCUUUUCUCUGUGACAUAUGUUGAAUUCAUGCAAGUGCAGUACAUCGAUUUAAGUCAGAUAGUUCAGUAUGUGAAAGCUCCAUAAGGGAUACUUAAAGAUAUCGAUUCCUCUUGUGAUCAGUCACUUUUUGCAUGCUAUGGUGUCCCCUGAAAGAAGGUUAAACCCAGGUUUCGUGACCUAGAAAAAUUGUCCCUUUCCCCUCAAUAGAGGUGCCCCUUCAAAAGAGGAAAUAAAAUACAUAGAUUAUGUGGGCUUUUUUCUGGGACGAAAUUAAUUUUUGUGUCCCCUGAAUGGAGACCUUGUCUCUUGAAUAGAGGUGUCCCAAAGGAGAGGUUCCACUGUAUGUUAUCUUUAAUCUUCUUCUUCACACCUUCUUAGCAUGUUAUUUUUCUUAACAUGUUAUUUGCACUUAUGUUUUGGAUUUAUCAUCCAUAUUUUUUUUCAGAUCUAUCAUACAACAUAGCAUUGUGUUUCUACAGCCUAAAACAGUAUGCACCUGCCCUAAAGCACAUUGCUGACAUAAUUGAAAGAGGAAUCAGAGAGCAUCCAGGUUAGUAAAUAUUAUAUUAAUAAUUAGAAUCAUGAUGGUAAUAAUUGAAGGGUUUCCCGCAAAAGGGGGUAAUUUACCUAUCAAUAUUCUCAUACAUGUAACAGCGGUUUCAAUAAAAGCUGGUUAUCAGUGGUCUACCACUGCCUAUAGGGCCUCUUACCUCUCUGUCUAUAAACAAUUUGAACUUACAAGUUGCUGCAAGCAAACUGUCAAUGUUGAAACACUUGUUCCGGAUAACAGUGUUGCAAAGUGGCAUGCAAAAGAACGGCUUGUUUCACUGUAAUAAGUGACGCACUAUUUUUCAUUAUUCUAGAACUCAGUGUUGGCAUGACAACAGAAGGUAUUGAAGUCAGAAGUGUUGGAAACACCAAGGUUAGUUGUACCUUUGGCUGGCUAAGAAAUAAAAAGAUUAAUUAGUAUAUAUUAACUUUAUAGUUCUUGUCUUGACCUGUCUGAAGUUUACUGACUUAGUUCCUAGCCAGUGUGGCAGACUGGGUAAAGUUCUAAACACUUGUCAAUUCUUAAACUACAACACCAGUUUAUUGUGAUGAUAAAAAGUUCAGUUUAUAGAUGGGGGCUAUAUUUAUAUUUUUCAUUUCAGUUGCUGUCUUAUUAUUUACAUCAUUGUUUAAGAAUCAAAAUUAAUUCACCCUCUGUUACAUUUAAAUAUAUUUUUAUUUGGUUCAAAUUAUUGAUUUUCUUCCUUUUAUAGGUUUUACAUGAAACAGCUUUAAUUGAAGCUUUUAACCUAAAGGCAGGGAUUGAAUACCAGCUCAAAAACUGUAAGCUGUUGUCAUUUGUGGUUGAAUGCAUGCUUGAUUGAUUUGCAAACAUUUGUAAGGGUGUUUAUACAUAUUGCUUUGUACCGGUAUGUCAUUUUUUAUGGACUGAACUAAGUAUUAGUCUUGUCUUAUUUUUUAUUAAAUUUCAUCAGUAACUGAAUGUGCUUUUAAAUUUUAGUUGAUUCAGCACAAGAAGCACUGACGGAUAUGCCUCCAAGAACUGAAGAGGUAGGUUAACCCUAAUUAAUUUAAUUUUGUACUCACUGUAUUUUUUCCAAAAUAGUCACACCUUGAAGCACUGUACAUGGAUUUCUUUGAGCACUGGUUAUAUAUUGUUUUAAAUCAACAUAAUAAUUAUGGUUGACACAAAUCUUUACUUUGCAAAUUUUGAGAAAGAUGUGCAUGUCUGCAAACAACAAUACACAACCUAAAAAUAUGUAUAACUAACAAAUGAUUUUAACUUGGUGAAAAAUUACAGGAGCUUGACCCAGUCACUUUACACAACCAAGCUCUUAUGAACAUGGAGGCUAAUCCAACACAGGUGCAGUAUAUAUCUGAUUAGAAGUCUCUCUUCUGCACUGUCAUUUAAUUCUUCCUUCCCGGCUUCGGUUUCCCAUGAUAAUAUUAUUUUUUAACUAAGAAUGUCUUUUUUUGCUUUGAAGGGAUUUGAAAAGCUUCAGUUCUUGUUACAACAAAAUCCAUUCCCACCAGGUAAAAACAAAAACUGUAUUAUUUACUGUUAUUGUUUAUUCUCGUCCAAUCAGUCACAUGCAUAGACUAAGCCAAGUCAUUGUAACUGUUUCCAGAUGUCAUAGUGAAAGCAUAGUACAAGUGUUAGAACCAUAAUUUUAUUGUUAUGGACUAUAAAAUGUUCUAACUGGAAACUGAUAAGCAAAAUAAUUUGCAGUUGUAUGUAUAAUUAGAAAUAUUCUCACUGAUAAGUCAUGUAGCUGUAAUUGCAUGGUGCUUCUUAAUCCAGCCAUCUAAGCUUUUAUGGGACAGAUGCUGUAUAUUUUAUGCAAAGAAGAGCAUACAUGUGGCAUACAAUAGCUGUCUUCACUGUCGGCAAUCAAGACAGACCUUGGGUUGUUCCUCUAUAAAAUGUCCCACUUCCAGUUCUGUUUUAUUUAACUAUGACACUUUUUGUUUUGUAGAAACAUUUGGAAAUCUCCUGCUGUUAUAUGUUAAAUACCAGGUACUGUAAGAUGCAAGUAACAAAAUUGCCCGCAAUGAAACAAAUUACUCAAUCACCACCUUUAACAUCAGAAUUUAACUUUCAAAAUAAAAUGAAAAUGUGAAAUAUGUCACAUACAUAAGUGUCAUAAUUGAACUGAUGUGUUCUUUUAAAUAGCUAGAUAGUAGCAGUGAUUAACUAAGAUGUGUGUACCUGCGGCUAAUUUUUUGUCCAGAAUUAGACUGAGAGGUUGCAACAAAAGUGUUUUCCAGUAGUCAGGGGUCAGUAGAUUUCUCUGUCAAACUAGUGUAUUUACAUGUCACAAUAUUACUCCUCUUCGUUUUCUAGUAUUUUGAUCUGGCUGCAGAUGUGUUGGCAGAGAAUGCUCACCUGACUUAUAAAUUCCUCACACCAGUAAGUGAUUUUAUCCAAGAAUGCAAAUGUAACAGUCUUAAGUUAUAGCAAAUGUUCUCUUAGCUGCUCCGGCUAACAUACAGGAACCCGUUAGACAUGGUUAGGGUCAGUGACUUGAAGAAGGCAAACAUUAGCUGGCUUAUUAACAAACAUGGCUACAGCAGUAAACUCUAACUAUUGUCAACCUGUCAACUUGUUUUAAGUGACAGGGAAGGGAUUUUUAUCAAAGGUUUUCCACGAAGGGACCUACGAAGACAUUCAAAAUAUUUCCGACAUUAUCAGUUCCAGUACAUUUCCUUCUAAUAUUCGAGAUUUCUUGCAAAGUACAAUCACUCACAUGAACUCCUCUUUUUUGUCUACCCAAACCAGGGUUUGAAAAAAGGAAACUUGAAUUCCAGCUUGUCCUUCUCCUUACAAAGGACAGCUCUCACAUUUUGCUCGCCUGACCUGUAUAUGGAGCUUGUGAAUAUGUCCAUAGUAGAUUUUGCAAGAAUCUAUAAUAUAUGUAAAUGUUGCCUGGGGCUAUUACUGUCUUGUUUGUCUCAGUUAACAGACCCUUUUUUUCUUUGGAGAUUGUUGAGUGCUUAUAUGAAAAUAAAAACUGCGGCAGAUUUAGUCACUCAGUGCUUGCUCUAGCAUGCUUGCUUUGCUGGUGGGCUGUCAAAUUGUCCAAAAAAAAAAGGAAAAGAAAAACGCCUGUGGAAAUGCUUCAUGUAAGUUAAUGCAUUGGUUACAAGUUGACUUUUCUGGGCUUUUGCCAACAUUAAAGGAACACAAACCUGUUCGUAGGGAAGAGUUAUAUAAUUUAUACCACCUUCUUUGACUAUGUUGUGAUUUAAUUUUAUCUUUGGUUUAAAUUUUAUUUUCCUUUGUUUUAAACUCGUUAUCAUACAAUGUACAUUACCAUACCUCAAAACAAAGGGACAUAAAAUUUAGGCUAAGUAAAACUGAACCACAACAACAACACCAACCAAGCAGGCUUGUCUGCUUGCUUUAUUUAUUAGUGAAUCUGAUCAAGUAUUUCUGAUUCUUUUUUUUGUACAGUACAUGUAUGAUUUUCUGGAUGCCAUGAUAACACAGCAAACAUCACCAGAGGAGGUUUGUAUCAAAACACUGCCGUAAUCUUGUGGACCACUUGACCGCUUAACUUGUGGACUGCUUAACCGCUAAGCUUGUGAACCACUUGACCGCUAAGCUUGUGAACUGCUUGACCACUAAUUGUGAACCCCUUGACCACCAAGCUUGUGGACCGCUUGACCGCUAAGCUUGUGAUGGUUAACUUAGUUAAAUUACAUUUAACCAAAUUUAUCGACUACAGUACGUAUUUCAAGGAAGUAAUCCAAUACUUACCAUUGUCAAUUCAGUCCGGUGUUCACUCGAUAGAGGUUUUUAGCAAUAGAAAUCAGCCAAAUACAAUUUACUUUAGUGUGCGCGCCUGCUCAAUAGAGGUGUCUGUUGAAUAGGGGUUUGUUAUAAAGGAAAAUAUAAGACGUCAAUUUCAGUACCCAGCUUAGUGUUCACUUAAAACAGGUUUCACUGUAAGAAACUUGCAAACAUAAUAACUAAACUGUAAGCAAUAAUGUUAAUUUGGAUGACUAAUGUGAAUCUUGGUUUCGUGAUUGGUUAUGACACAGUUGUUCUUAGUUUGACCCAUAAAAGAAGGUUUAUCCACAAUUUUUAAAAAAGUCAUUGAUUUGCAAAUAAUUUAUUUGAUUAUAAUUUCAUAGGCUUAUCGAAAGUUAGAUGAUAUGGCCACAAAACAGACAGAAACCUUAAGGAAACUAACAAAACAGGUUAGUGGUCUGUUUGGUUUAGUUUUUUAAAGAUCAAUCCACAGGAAUUUUUGUAUAUACAUGUUACAGGUCAAAUUUGAUUUCAGGUUAAUUUUGAUUUAACCUAGGUUGAUUCUCAAUUUCGUUUGUUUCCUAGCCCUAAUUAUUCAUGAAUUAGGGCUAGGAAACAAAGGAAAUUGAGAGUCAACCUAGGUUAAAAAAAUUUAACCUGAAAUCAAAUUUGACCUGUAACAUAUGUAUACCUAGAACUCCUUUGCUCAAGUGUUACAAUAAGAGGGGAGUGAACAAAUAUCAAGGUUCCUGCUAAGAGCUUAAGCCUACGCAUUCAAAGUGUAUUGUUUUGAAAGCGUUUUUACUAUGAAGGUAGAAGAAGAGGAUAUUAAGAGUAUUAUAAUAUUUGCUUUUCUGAGGAGUAGAAAAAAAUGGGGUUAAUUCCUCUAUGUUUGAGUGAAUCAAACUUAAUGUUCAUAAAGCUACGAAGCAAACACUGUUUCUGAGGAUUUUACUUUAAAUUGAUGAAGUCAAAAAAGCAUAAAUGUCGAUUGUACAAAACCUUAAUUUACAACCGCACCAGUUAUUCCAUACAUGCAGUCUGCAACACAAACAGAGGAUGGUAGACUAUGUGCGAUACAAGCAUAAAUAAGUUGUUUAUAGCAUCAGCCUUUAUUUAAUGAACAUUUUUAAAUUAUUCCUUUUUUUAAUGAAAUAUACUGUGCUAUAAGGUUCAAGAAGCAAGACAGAAUCAUGAUGACGACACUGUUAAGAAAGCUGUGAAUGAAUACGAUGAAGCACUGGAAAGGUACCAACAACAUUGCUUGUCUCAUUGAGGCGCUGCUCUCUUCCUUCCUGUUCUUCCUAUUCUGCUGCUCUCCUCCCUUUUAUCUCACUCAUUCAUCUUUACCAAUAUUAUUACUCCUACUUUUCCCUCUCUUUCUUCCUUUCCUUCUUGCUGUUCCUGUGGCUGGCCCUGUUUCUUCUCCAUCUCGUUUCCCUCCUAUCUCUUCUCCUCUAUUACCUCAUGCCUUCGCUCCUUCUCCCCAAUCUACUGUUACCUUUCUCUCCCCUUCUUGCUUUCCUUCUUGCUGGUCCUGUUUCUUCUCCUUUUCCUUUCCCUUUUAGUCCUUACCCAAGACUACCUGACGCCCUCUCCAUCUCUUUCCCUUCCCCCAGCUACUUUUAAUUCUUCUCCUCAUCCAAGCCCUACUGCUUCCUCCCUGUUUCCAUUCUCCCCUCAUCCCCUUGUUUUCUCAUCUCAACCUUUCAUUUUCCUAUUCAGCCUUCUCUUCUUGCUCUUCGCGUUCUUCCUGUUCUUUGUACCACUCAAAGUUACUGCCCUCCACCAGGACCUCCCAUCCCCUUCUUGAUUGAAGAACAAGUGUUUCUGGGAAUUUUCAAGGUUAUCAGUCAAGAGUUAGGACAAACGAUUUUAUGAUAUUUUUGUUGUAGGUACAUCCCUGUGUUGAUGUCUCAAGCGAAAAUAUACUGGGAUCUUGAUAAUUAUGCACAGGUUGAAAAGGUAAAUGAUAAAAGUGCUCUUUUUGGAAAUUGUAGUUGAUCUCUUGUUUUUGUUUUUUUCUGAAAUAUCCUCAUCUACCGAUAAGGCCUUUUACAUGUUUCUCUUCAGUCACUACUCACAUCAUCUCCAAGCUUAUAAAUAAUCGCACAAUAUCGCAGGCAAGUUCUUUUUUGUAAACUCAAACAUCCUUGUUUUUUUUGCAGAUAUUUAGAAAGUCUGUCGAGUUUUGCAAUGAACAUGAAAUUUGGAAGCUAAACGUUGCUCACGUAUUAUUCAUGCAAGUAAGUAUAGCCUCUUAUACUGCAAACAAUGAUCUGGACAAGCUUAACGAAACAGACCGCGUAAUAAGUUUUCUUCAUUUUUUUCAAUAGGAAAACAAAUACAAAGAAGCUGUUGGUUUUUAUGAGCCAAUCGUAAAAAAGCAUUAUGAUAAUGUAAGUAUUUCUGCAGUUCUUCUUAAAUUGCAACUAACCUCCAAAAAUGUUCAUCGUAAAUGAAAUCUCUUAAUACCUGUGCGAAAAGAAAUUAUAAUAAUUUACAAAAACCCCGCCUUCCUCAGCUGUUUGAAGUGAGGUGCUUUCUGUCUCAUUACCCGAGCAUUUUUGGGUGGCGGGUACGAACGUUGUUGUGACGUCAUCUAAGGAGACCAUUUGCCGUGUUUUCGUGAACUUAUAACCGGGAAUCAAGAUAGGUGAAGGUGUUUUACACGAGUGGUACAUAAAAGCGAUCAAAAUUCACAGAGAUAUGUCUUCUAGUGGAUUAAAUACUUUAAUAGGUUUGGAGCGUUGGCGGUGUGAGGACAUUGAUGCGUGGUACCAAUAAUUUCUUAAAAGCUACCUAAUUCUAUGCAUGAUGUCAAAUGCUUAAUUCUGUACGCAAAAUGAAAUUAAUCGAAGUUCAAGAAAAAAUAGCCCGUGAGCAGUCUUCUUUCUUUCCUCAGGGCCCCUCGCGCAUGCUCCCUAUCUAUAAAAUAAGAAACUGCUCGCGGAGUAUGAAAAAAAGUCUCUUGUCUUAAACUGACAGGUUUGCGAUAUCGACGGUUUUUGUCUUAAACGUGGUCAAGUUUUGAAGGCGGCGGCAGCACUUCCCCAUCCGAAAUACCCUUGGGGGUGGGGGAUUACAUUUUUUUAAGAGUGAAAUUCAGCUAUUAGAUCAUAUUAUCUGAAAACAGAUGCUUCUACUGAAAUGCUGUGUCCAUGUUGUCAUGUUUUUCAGAUCCUUAGUGUUAGUGCCAUAGUGCUAGCCAAUCUCUGUGUGUCCUACAUCAUGACCAGUGCUAACGAAGAGGUUAGUACCGUGGUGUUUGUUUUAUACCAAGUAAUUAUUGUUGAUAAAUCAGUUCUUUCAUGUACGUAAUAUUAUUGUUCUUUCCUUUUGUUUUGCAGGCCGAAGAAUUAAUGCGAAAAAUUGAAAAAGAAGAGGUGAGGACAUGGUUUUCGUGUUUAGGAUGAGUGAGUUUAUGAAUGAUCACUGAAAGAACUGUAUUUCAUUUCAUUUUUCUGUGUGUGACGCUGUCUUUUUCAGGAACAAGUUGCGUAUGAUGAUCCGGACAAAAAGAUUUACCAUUUGUGUAUAGUGAACCUUGUUAUCGGGUUAGUGAUGUGAUCAGUUUUUGUGCAAGCUAUACAUAUUGCAGGCCAAUCUUUCCUCUGCUUUUAAAAUUAUCUUUUUUUAUCUUUAGCAGGACAUCGUAUUAUAAGCAAUAUGGCUUUGCCAGAAAGUCUGCUCAUAAACUGUCUAUUUUCUCUUUAGAGAUGGUAAUUAAAACCACGGGGGGACUUUUCAACCGCCAGCGCAAAGGGGUUUGGGUAAUUGGCGCGCUCGUUUAAUUUCUUCCCCUCCCCACCCCUCCCCGCCCCCAAAAAAAGGGUAGACGAGAGCUUUUGAAUUUUCAUGCGGUGGCCAAUGUACGUAAUUUAUUCAGUUUUCAGUUUCCGCGUUUCUUUGUAUUGGUUCUGAGAGUAACGCGAACUUUCUCUACCUGCCAGAGAACAAGUUUACAAUGUUUGAUAAAAUUGCUUAAGAGAUUGCGAUUGAAAACUACUCUACUUUUUUGCUGCUGUAUAUGUAGAACCUUAUAUUGUGCCAAGGGAAACUACGAGUUUGGAAUAUCCAGGAUAAUGAAGAGCUUGGAGCCCUACAAUAAAAAGGUGUGAUUCUUUUGUUACAUUUACAUGUUACAUUUACCAAACUUUGAACAAACAACGAUUACCUUAGCUUCCGCCCAACUUACCUUAUCCCUUGUCAGUCACUCAAGUCAAGGUGUGGUAGAACUCAUCAGCCUGCGUGGGACACGCUCGUGCCCGCGACAGUCUCCAGGGAAUGCUUGAAGACUACGCGAGUGGCGUUCGAGUUAAUAGGAGAAUCUCCUUUGCUGGUUAAUUUCACUCGUUUGCGUUGCUUUUUCUUCUCUUCAUUGUAGCUUGGAACAGAUACGUGGUUUUACGCCAAAAGAUGCUUUUUGUCGCUGCUAGAGAACAUGGUAAGGAGCACUGAAAUGAUUAUUUUAAAAAACUCUUGUGAGCCUUUAUUCACGGCUAAUAAUAGCCUCCCGACGCAUAGUGCUCAGGCUUCGUCACGCGUUCCUCCCUCACAUUCGCUUGGGAGGAUGAGGUGACGGGCCAAUCGAACGACCCCAUCAGUUGAAGCUUAGUCUGCUACACAGCCGUUUUUAGUGUCGCUACGCAACGCUUUUCGAAGAGCGUUACUGUGGCCAUCGUAAAGCAACGCGCGUGAAAAUUGCCCCACGCCUUUCUCGCGUGGGGUGAUUUUCACGCGCGCUCGCGUUUUGCUCGCUCUACUAUCCCUGAGGAAAAAUGGGGACUACUCGUAGUCUAAUUCCAAGGCAGGAUGUUUGUGAUGAAUCCAGCCGCGUGCCAAUCUCUGGCCGCGACAAAAGGCAGCAGCUUUCGCCUUGUGCUUUAAUAUUAGAUCGCACAUCGUUGCCAAUUAGUCAACUCUCGCCUUGCGGACUUCCCGCUAUAACAGACACCCCGAUAUAAUACGGACAGCAGCUAAAUCCCGGCGAAACAUAAAUUACAGAUGGUUGACUGAAAUAAUUUCCCGCUAUUACUGACUCUCGCUAAUGAGGACACUAACUCAAGGUCUCUAUAAUGUCCGCUAUAAAGGGAGUUGACUGUAUAUAUUUUUUGUCAUUUUUAUUUGUUCUUUUUUUAAGAGAAAUCGCCCGUCUCAUUUUAUUCAGUGUAGUAUCGUCUGCAACACAACAACACAAAACUUUGUUUUCUGUUUUUCUUUCAGGCUAAGCAUAUGAUUAUGUUGCGAGAUAGUGUCAUACAGGACAUCAUUCAGUUCUUGGAGCACUGUGAAGGUAAUGACCCAGGGCAGGAGCUUAUCAGGAGCUCCAGCCCGGGGGUACUACCAUAUAUGGGCUAUAUAUAUCUAUGUGCAGCCGCCGCUGUGAAGGAUGUGGUUUUAAAGUACUCCCGGGUUAAUGACCAAGUCUGGACAAACAUAACCUGCCAGCAAGGGCUUCAUUUGAAAGUCAUGAGAGUCGAAGGUCACAUGCGAAUGAGCCUCGAAAGAUAAUGGCGAAGAGAAGAAGGAAAGCUCCCUCUCCAGUCUUCCUUCCGCCCUCGCGCUUUGCUUCGCUUGUAGCCUAUUCUAGGCGUCCAGAUAGUCGGAAUAGAGCAAAGAGGAGCUAACAGGGGAAAAAUAAAAAACGAUGUGGGUUGGGGUAGGGAGAGUGGGCGAUCUCUCCCUUUCUGUGUCCUUUUUUCUCUAUUUUCUAUUACGCGACACUCUCCACUAUCUGAACGCCUGAAUCAGCGCAGGCUAGCUUUGCUUGUGACUAACGUGUGGCCCUUUGCUACCCGCGAUUCUCAAAUGUAGAGCUUACUUACAGGCAAGGACAAGCAAUCCUUCGGGCUUCAAUACACUCACUUUCCUCCCAUCUCCCGUUUUUAUCUCCUAGCUAUGUGUAUUCCGACCAUGCAAGUUAUAGGAGAGCUUCUCCGAGGCUUGAUUUUGCGCCGAAGAAAAUUUAAUUUAAUUAGUCAAUUCCGGAUAUUAUUAAAGAGAGAAUUAAGAUUAUCAACAUUAUUUUGAUGAUUACUGCCACGUGAGUGAAAGUUUCCCUUUCUUUAACCUUUUAUUGACGAGCAUUUUACUUGUAGCAUAUAGUAAAACCCCGUGUACACUGCAUUCUUGAAGAUUAUAAUUAAAGUUAAUUUUCUGUUUACUUUGCAGUUUACGGCAAGAAUGUAGCAGCAGUUGUUGAACAGCCCUUAGAAGAAGAAAAGAUGCACCCUGGAAAGAAUACCGUUACCUACGAGGCCAGAGAGUUAAAGAGCCUUUUUCUUCGCUUGGUUUAAACUAGUUUCAUACGCGCCAUUGAUUAAAACUGACUGAAAAGACGCGAAAAAUAGGUCACCUGCAUGCAGAUCACUGUUGCACGUAGGCCAGAGAAAAGCAACUUUUGUAUUUUAUUGCUAAAAAAACGUUUUAGUUGCAUUAAUAGAGCGUUUUCACAUGACGUCACGGCGGCCAUAUUGGUGUUCCAAAACAAUCAAAUGGCGGCCAACCUAGCCUGUGGAGUUGAACUCGUUUCUUAUGUGUGUAAAAACUUUCUUUCGUUCCAAUAAAUUAGCAUAGAUGCUGGCCACGUGAAUGAAAACGCUCUGUUUCUAUAAAAAGUAUUGAAUUAACAAUAACCAAGAAAGCAGACCUGUUAUGUUCCGUUGUAUGUUUUUGUCUUUCAGCAGUUAAGAAUCUAUGCUUAAAACGUUUGCACCGACGGUAGAGUCGCUUGUUGUAAAUAUUUGUUGUAUCUAAGUGUAAAUAUUAAAAUUAUGACGGUGAUCUAAUAGACGCCUACUCUCAAAUAAACGCCUCUUAUCUAAUGAACGCCCCCCU